CUCUGAUUCCGGUUCACGUCUAUCUUUUAAGCGCAUCAUGUUCGUGUCGUCCACAUUUGAUUCUUUCUCGUUCGACUUCGCUUCCCUGAUGCUUGAAUUCGAAUCAAUGGUGCUUCGGGCGCGGUUCAGUUUCGCCAUGGAUGGCCUUUUGUGGGUUCCUGUCGAUGAAUAAUAAGGAUUCAGUUGGUUUCUCAGCUGCAUGUUUGAACUGAUUGGUAAUAUCUUAGCGCAUUUUGCAUCGAGAGGGGUGGUGAAAGGGUGAGGACGAUGAUGAUUCUAAAAUCUGGGAGGAGGAUCGACGUUCAGUUCAAGGAUGGUGGGUUCCAUUGUCAUAGGGAGUUUUUGUGAAUGAAAGAGCUUGUCCGGCCUCAUAACUUGUUGGUUAUCACAGAAUCUGUCUUAAGCAUUUUUGCCGUUCAUUAGUUUCGAAGGGUUCUUUUUGAAUCCAGUCCUACUAGAAGUUCUUUCUUUUAAAAGCAUUGAGCGGGACAUCUUUCUUUGUGGAAAAGUUCGGUUGAGGACAUAGUUCAGCAUUUGCGAGCUGAAGAUAGGUAGGAAUGAUCAUUAAAGGGUUGUUGAGAAGAUAUGAAAGAUGGAACCCUGUGCAUCCAACUUUUGGAGCCUUUUCGGGCAUGGGAUUUGGUUUAGGAUGUGGUGUUGGAUGGGGUCCUGGUUUUGGCCCUGAGGUGAUUGGCUAUGUCGGAGCUGGCUGUGGUGUUGGGUUUAGCGUGGGCUUCACUGUGGCUGGCUUUGGCAUCGGUCUUCCUGCCAAUUACCUCUUUGAAGUUCCGCACAAUGUAGUUACGGCAGUUAGAAGUACUGCUUCAGAGUUCGGCCAAUUUGGUGGUCUCAUUUCAAGGAAAAGCAUUGCCGGGGGUGGCUGGAAUAUUGCACCACACAUCUCGGUCUUCCAUACAGAAGCUGACAGAAAGCUGUCUAGCUUUAGGAGAAAACAUUUUCUUCAACCAACAUCCAACUUGUUUGACCUGAAUUUUCCGUUACAAUCUGGGGAUGUCUGGAAAUGUCUCGGAGCAUUUGGCAGUCGACUCGUUCAUCCUCGUAAGGCUGAUGUCGGAAAACAGGGUUGACAGUUCACCAGUCGACAAAAAGGAAUUUGAUCUAACUGGCUGCCUUGCAUUACGGGAGGCGGGUGGAUACGUAAGCAAAAUGUAAAGAAACUGAUUCCAAUGCAAGGAAUAACUGCUUGGGUUUUUGACAUUACGAGACUUGCUAAGUGU